AUGGCCCCCCUGACUUUGGAUAGUCUUCCAAUGGAACUGAUUGAGACUGUUAUCAAUUUUCUGGACUUUCAAGACCUCUGUGCCCUUCGUUUAACUGCACAUGGUAUUUCGGUCAAAUCAUCCAAUGGUCGAUUCCGUCAGAAUUUGAAAUCCAAGAGAUUACACAUCGCACAGGCCCCCUUGGAAGAUUUCGCUCACUUUACUCAACCAGGCCAGGUUGGCUGUGUGCUCCAACAUCUUACUUUAUCCGACUUUGGGGUGGCAAAUGCGUCUGACAAGUGCCUUGAGGCAGCUAAGCUGCUAGUGCAAGGAAUGGAGAACCUGCGCCAAAAUACUUCACAUGGUGGCUUAAUAUCUCUGUCUCUUUCCCUUCACGAGCCAAUAGAUUCAGAGCUGGAAGAGGCAGAGCAUGCCACGGCAAAGUUGUUUGACCUUGUUAUGCUGGCACUCAGCAACAGCAAAUUGUCUGUGCAGAUCGUGGAUAUUUUUGCUAAAUGUUUCCCCAUUCGCUGUGCCCUAGCCUGCGGUGAAAUAAUGGCAGUUAUGGAGAAAGCAGACCUGUCUUCCACAUUCAGAGAGUGUAAAGAGCUAUGUUUAAGCUUGUCACACUGGUUACGCGAUCUCGAUGAGCACUACGAGUCUCCGCUAUCCUUUGAUCAAGCUAGGGAUCAUACCCGAUUUAUCUGUGAUUUUGUGAAUAUGUUCCCAGUGCUAGAGGAACUUCACUUGGCGUGGGUAUAUUACGAUCUCGCCUACACGGAUGCCAUACAGGAAGAAGCGCAUUUCUUUAAUCGAAUCGCAAAUUCCUGUCCAUUCCCAUUGCUCAAGAAGUGUACCUUUCAUAACAUUCGCACGACCGAGGCAGCUCUGCUUCAAUUUCUCAAAAACGUUCAAUUGGCCAGUCUAUCGAUGGAAAAGGUGUAUCUGGUCAGUGGAAGGAUGCUUUGCAUCCUUUUCCUGCUUUUUUGGAAACAAAGCAGUGCUAGGAUACCACCAGCGACCCCGUCGGGCACUUUGCAGCCACUACCGUUUGGGCUGGCGUAUAAUGCAAACCACACCUUGAACUCUCGAGGGGAUCCCGACUGUGCCGGAAGCUUCGAUGCCUCAUCUUGUGAGCCCAUAUGUAGUCCAUCUAGCUUUCACUGUUCAAAGGGCUUGAGGUCACGCAGUUACCAGGACUGGUUCCACAAUGCAACCGAUGGCAAUUAUACAGAAUCCGAUUCCGGACCAAAACUAUUUCUCGGGAAACGGGCUUUCAAGACUCUUACACUCGCCGAAGUUAGGAAAUACGUCGCAAAUAGCUAUGAACAACCAGAUCCCUAUUUUGGGCAGCCUCUUGAGAUUAUUCAAUUUGACGACGACGGGGAGUCAACAGAUGACUCCGGCACACAGCAAGUGAUAUUUGGAAGCGAGCCAUUUCAGAUUGGCACGGACAGCUUAACAGGCUGUACUAUAGUCACCGUCGUCUCGAAGCGAGCGGUCUAUAUGGGACAUUACUGGGAGAACCCAAGCUGGGGUAAUGCGCCUAAAUUUACGAGAAAUGUCCUGAACUUUAUCGCUGGGCGUACGCCGCGAUCGGGAGUCGGUCCAACCUUAGACCCAGAGCUUUUCAAUGCUCCGGAUGAUGAUACACGUAUAUACCUCAUGCACCCACGCUUGGGACAGAAGGAGCAUAAAUCGCCGUAUAAAUCGCCUAGGUACUGGAAAAAGUUCGAAGAGUUGAAGAAUCUGCUCAAUACAGAGCUUCUGCCCGGCGCGGCCACGGCCUCAUGGUUCUACAUUACAGCUGAAAUGUCGCGCGAAGUUCCCGCAUACAGGCGGCACGCCAUAUUCCAAUAUGACCCGGUUGCUCAUGGGCGUAAUAAGAAAGGCUGGAGGCUCUUUUAUGAAGAUCAUUACUUUGAUGAUACAAAUCCACCCCCAGGUCCUGAAUCUGCUGAUGGCACCCCUGAUCUAUGA